GUGGUAGUAGUGAUACCUUUAUGUGUAUUUAUUUUAAAUCAUCUUUUAAAAAUGAUAAAGUAUUUAAUUGUCGUUUUGAUAAUAUCAUUAAGUUCGUGUAAUGGUGGGAGACUGGGUGAUUUGCUUAUAGGAGCGCAUCGGCAACUCCACAACAAGGUACACGACGUCGCCGACGCGGUGAUCGGCGGGUUUGGCCUCACCCACGGCCACCAUCAACCAGCCCCGCGUCCCCCUAACCAAGGAGGCGAGACCAUCGUAGUCAUUGUCGAAGAGAACACUCAAGGGGGCCAGGGGAAUCCAGCUAGGCCUUAUGGAACACCGCAAGAAGGCCACUACCCUGCUCCCAAUGCGCAUAAUCCCUACCAGGGCCAUAACCCGCCGAACAAUGGCUACAAUGAAGGAAAUCAGAACAAUGGACAUAAUCAUAAUCAAGGUCGUCCUAACUAUGGUUCCAGUCAUGGAUAUGAUCCUCAACUCAAUUAUCCAGCAAACCCCGGACAUGAUCCGUAUCAAAACGGUAACAAAUAUGGCAACAAUGGACAACAACAAAACAUACCCAGUUAUCCCAACCAACAAGGACAAUAUCAUAAUGAUCAAGACCACAAUCUAGUUAACCAAAACAACAACGUACUAAAUAAUAAUGCGGUUCUUCAUCCGACUAAUGACAUAAAUAAUCCGUACCCAACUGCAAAUGAAGUCAAAAACCCGGAUUCUACUAACAAAAAUAAUGAGUCGAACAAAAAACCUAAGGACGAUGAGCCGCUGUUGGUGCCCCUCAACGGCUACACGUACGAAGGUGACAAGAUCGUCAUCAACGCGCCCAAACGUGAAACCGGCGACGGCGACAAGAAAAACGAAGAGAGUGAGGAGGAUUUUCCAAUAGACAUAAGGUUUAAAGACGAAUGAAUGUGUACUUAAUUAAUUACGUACCUAAA